CUCCAGAAAAUAAUUACAAUUUAACCGGUAUAAUGGCAAAUGUACUUGGACGUAUUUUUGUAUAUGGAGGCAAAGGAGCACUUGGCUCAGUUUGUAUAUCACAAUUUAAAGCUAAAAAUUGGUGGGUUGGAAGUAUUGACAUGAAAGAAAAUGAUAAUGCUGAUAUAAAUAUAAUUGUUAAUGGUGAACACAAUUGGAAAGAACAGGAAAUUCAUAUAUUGGAACAAGUAAAAGAUGCUCUCAAAGGAGAAAAAAUUGAUGGAAUAAUAUGUGUUGCUGGAGGUUGGGCUGGUGGCAAUGCAAUCAGCAAAGAUUUUAUAAAUAAUACUGAGUUAAUGUGGAAACAAAGUGUAUGGAGUUCAACAAUUGCAGCAAGUAUUGCAGCAAAUUAUCUCAAAGAAGAAGGUUUCUUAACAUUAACUGGUGCACAAGCUGCUCUUGAAGGAACACCUGGUAUGAUUGGUUAUGGAAUGGCAAAAGCAGCUGUUCAUCAAUUAACAAAAUCACUUGCUAAUAAAGAUGGUGGUCUACCAAAAGAUUCACUUGUUACUGCUAUUUUGCCAGUUACACUUGAUACACCAAUGAACAGAAAAUGGAUGGCCAAAGCAGACACAACAUCAUGGACACCAAUGGAAUUUAUUUCAGAAUUGUUAUGGAAAUGGUCACAAAAACAAGAACGUCCUGUCAAUGGUAGCCUUCUUCAAUUAAUUACUAAAAACAACAAAACAGAAAUUAUUCCUGCUUAAACAAUGACAAAUAAUUAAUUGUCUUUUUUCUUUUUUUAUUAUUUUUUAAUUUUAAUAUAUGUAUCGUCUAUUGGAAUAAAUAUUUGUGUCCAAUUUUGGGCUUUAAUAAACUAA